UCCAGGUGCUGCCUCCCAGAAUCCCAGAUGGAUUUCAGUCGCCGAAGUUUUCACAGAAGCCUGAGUUCCUCCUCACCAGGCCCAGCCCUUAGCGUGAGCGGUUCCCUGUAUAGGAAGACGAGCGUGCAGCGCGUGGGGGCCGCACCCAGCGUCUAUGGAGGGGCCGGAGGCCAUGGCACUCGCAUCUCCGUCUCCAAAUCUGUAGCGAGCUAUGGGAGUGAUCUCUCCAGCGGAGGGGACCUGUUUGCUGGCAACGAGAAACUAGCAAUGCAGAACCUCAAUGACCGGUUGGCGAGCUACCUAGAGAAAGUGCGGUCCCUGGAGCAAUCCAACUUCACACUUGAAGCCCAGAUCAAGCGGUGGUAUGAAACCAAUGCCCCUAGCACCAUCAAGGACUAUGGUCCCUACUACACACAAAUCAAAGAGCUGCAGAAUCAGAUUAAAGAUGCUAAAAUACAAAAUGCCCGAUGCGUCCUCCAAAUUGACAAUGCUAAACUGGCUGCAGAGGACUUCAGAUUGAAGUUUGAGACGGAGAGGGGGAUGCGCAUCACCGUAGAAGCUGAUCUCCAAGGCCUGGGCAAGGUUUUUGAUGAUCUGACCCUUCAAAAGACAGACUUGGAACUUCAGAUUGAAGAGCUGAGCAAAGACCUGGCCCUCCUUAAGAAAGAGCAUCAGGAGGAAGUCGACGUCCUUCGCCGGCAGCUGGGUAACAAUGUCAAUGUGGAGGUGGAUGCUGCUCCAGGCCUGAACCUGGGAGAGAUCAUGAAUGAGAUGAGGCAGAAAUAUGAAGUCUUGGCCCAGAAGAACCUUCAAGAGGCCAAGGAACAGUUUGAGAGACAGAGCGAGGCUCUGCAGCAACAAGUCACUGUGAACACCGAGGAGCUGAAAGGAACCGAGGUUCAAGUCACGGAGCUGAGACGCACCUACCAGAACCUGGAGAUAGAGCUCCAGUCCCACCUCAGCAUGAAAGAGUCUCUGGAGCGCACCCUGGAGGACACCAAGGCUCGUUACGCCAGCCAGUUGGCAGCCAUCCAGGGAAUGCUGAGCUCCCUGGAGGCCCAACUGAUGCAGAUCCGGAGUGAUGCCGAACGCCAGAACCAGGAGCACAACAUCCUUCUGGACAUAAAGACCCGGCUUGAGCAGGAGAUCGCCACCUACCGCCGCCUUCUGGAAGGAGAAGAUGUAACAACAACUAAGGAGUACCACCUGAGCACUUUGGAAGCAAAGGAUACUCAGAAAACCAGGAAGAUUAAGACCAUCGUGCAGGAAGUGGUGGACGGCAAGGUCGUGUCCUCUGAAAUCAAGGAGGUGGAGGAAAGUGUAUAACCAGCUGCCAAGGGGAGGCUGCUGCGGCUGAAAAUGAAAGUACCUGGCCAUUAGAGAACACCAUCAGCACUGUGUUGUGAUUCCGGUGGGAUGGGGAGUCUAUUUAUCAGUCUCUGUAAUUAAAUACAAAUGUUCUCGCUCUGAGCUGUAAAGCGCUUAGUCUAUUUAUCAGUCUCUGUAAUUAAAUACAAAUGUUCUCGCUCUGAGCUGUAAAGCGCUUGCAAGAUUGAACCCAGGCAGUACCAGGCACAUUCCUCACUUACACUGAAGCUCUCAUUGGUGGAGGUCUAGCAAAUGGCAAAUAAACCUCUCUCUGUUUGGGUUUUCUUGUUCUUGUUUCUGAAUUGCUAAAACCCCUGUAAGGAGCCCAUGGGUUCCCCAUGGAGGCAACUUCCCAGCUAAUCUCAUUGGAUUUUGUUUCCUUUAAGCAGGUCUUUGCCUUCCCCCAUAGUCUCUGCUGCCUCUCAUCACUCUACUUAGUUCUUUGAAUAAUUUAAAAGAAUUUUCAAUCCCAAAUGCUGAACAGAAUAAGAA